GCUGAGCCGGCAAGCACAGCCCACAGCCAGAAGCGGUUCCUACUUUCCAGAACAAGGCGACCUUUAAGCUUAAGUUUCCCGGAGAAAAUGAGAUGCUGAUGUAGAAGACAACACUAUGGCUUUGAUGGAAUAUCAGAUAUUGAAAAUGUCUCCCAGCCUGUUCAUCCUUCUGUUUCUCACACCUGGUAUUUUAUGCAUUUGCCCUCUCCAAUGUAUAUGCACCGAGAGGCACAGGCAUGUGGACUGUUCAGGCAGAAACUUGACUACAUUACCAUCUGGACUGCAAGAGAAUAUUAUCCAUUUAAAUCUGUCUUAUAACCACUUUACUGAUCUGCAUAACCAGUUAACCCAGUACACCAAUCUGAGGACCCUGGACAUUUCAAACAACAGGCUUGAAAGCUUGCCUGCUCAGUUACCUCGGUCCCUCUGGAACAUGUCUGCUGCUAACAACAACAUUAAACUGCUUGAAAAAUCUGAUACUGCUUAUCAGUGGAACCUUAAAUAUCUGGAUGUUUCUAAGAAUAUGCUGGAAAAGGUUGUCCUCAUUAAAAAUACACUAAGAAGUCUUGAGGUUCUCAACCUCAGUAGUAACAAACUCUGGACAGUUCCAACCAACAUGCCCUCCAAACUACAUAUCGUGGACCUGUCUAACAAUUCCUUGACACAAAUCCUUCCAGGAACAUUAAUAAACCUGACAAAUCUCACACAUCUUUACCUGCACAACAAUAAGUUCACAUUCAUUCCAGAUCAAGCUUUUGACCAACUCUUUCAGUUGCAAGAGAUAACCCUUUACAAUAACAGGUGGUCAUGUGACCAUAAACAAAACAUUACUUACUUACUUAAGUGGAUGAUGGAAACAAAAGCCCAUGUUAUAGGGACUCCCUGUUCUAGCCAAAUAUCACCUUUGAAGGAACAUAACAUAUACCCCACACCUUCUGGAUUUACCUCAAGCUUGUUCACUGUAAGUGGGAUGCAGACAGUGGACACCAUUAACUCUCUGAGUAUGGUAACUCAAUCCAAAGUGACCAAAAUACCCAAACAAUAUCGAACAAAGGAAACAACGUUUGGUGCCACUCUAAGCAAAGACACCACCUUUACUAGCACUGACAAGGCUUUUGUGCCCUAUCCAGAAGAUACAUCCACAGAAACGAUCAAUUCACAUGAAGCAGCAGCUGCAACUCUAACUAUUCACCUCCAAGAUGGAAUGGUUACAAACACAAGCCUCACUAGCUCAACAAAAUCAUCCCCAACACCCAUGACCCUAAGUAUUACUAGUGGCAUGCCAAAUAAUUUCUCUGAAAUGCCUCAACAAAGCACAACCCUUAACUUACGGAGGGAAGAGACAACCACAAAUGUAAAGACUCGCUUACCUUCUUCUGUGGCAAGUGCCUGGAAAGUAAAUGCUUCGUUUCUCUUAAUGCUCAAUGCUGUGGUCAUGCUGGCUGGCUAAGGGUCUGCAUUUUCUGAAAUUAAUGAAAGAACUCCUCCCUGAUGUAUAGUUGG